UAUAUAUAUAUACAUAUAUCGCUCAUUUUCUCCAUUCUCUCUUCCUCUUUGGCCUCUUUCAACCGAGAUUGCUGCGGCUGCCGAGGAAUUUGAGUUCUCAGCAGGGGGAAAUGACGGAGCCAAAGCCAUCAGCAACACCGUCCUCACGAACCCUCCCUGAUUUUAAAAAGUCUGUCAAACUCAAAUAUGUAAAACUUGGUUAUCACUACCUGAUCACUCAUGGAAUGUACCUUUUCCUUUCUCCUUUGCUUGUUGUGAUUGCGGCUCAGCUUUCCACCUUUACUGUUCAAGACUUUUAUGAAGUCUGGAGCCAUCUCCAAUAUAACUUGGUCUCCGUGAUCCUUUGUUCCACUCUCCUUGUGUUCUUAUCUACCCUCUACUUUCUUACCCGUCCUCGCCCUGUGUACCUUGUUAACUUUUCGUGUUACAAGCCCGAUGAGGCUCGUAAAUGCACGAAGAAGAUUUUCAUGGAUCGAUCCGGGAUGACAGGGACAUUUACAGAGGAGAAUCUUCAGUUCCAAAGGAAAAUCCUUGAGAGAUCUGGCCUUGGGGAUUCAACCUAUCUACCUGAGGCUGUUCUCAAUGUUCCUCCAAACCCCUCUAUGGCAGAAGCUAGAAAAGAAGCUGAAAUGGUGAUGUUUGGUGCCAUUGAUGCGCUUCUAGCUAAGACGAGUGUGAAACCGAAAGAUAUUGGUAUCUUGAUUGUGAAUUGUAGCUUGUUUAAUCCGACGCCGUCGCUUUCUGCAAUGGUCAUCAACCACUACAAGCUUAGAGGGAACGUCGUUAGUUACAACCUUGGUGGGAUGGGUUGCAGUGCAGGGCUUAUUUCCAUUGAUCUUGCAAAACAGCUGCUUCAGGUCCAUCCCAAUUCCUAUGCCUUGGUAAUUAGCAUGGAGAACAUAACAUUGAACUGGUACUUUGGGAAUGACCGGUCGAAGCUCGUCUCGAACUGCUUAUUUCGGAUGGGUGGAGCAGCAAUAUUGCUUUCGAACAGAAGAUCUGAGAGAAGGAGAUCCAAAUACCAAUUAAUACAUACUGUUCGUACCCACAAGGGAGCAGAUGACAAGUGCUUUAGCUGUGUUACUCAGGAAGAGGACUCAACUGGGAAGAUUGGUGUUACUUUAUCAAAAGACUUGAUGGCAGUUGCAGGUGAUGCAUUGAAGACAAACAUCACGACAUUGGGGCCUCUCGUGCUGCCAAUGUCGGAGCAGCUUCUCUUUUUCGGUACACUGGUUGGGAAGAAACUCUUCAAAAUGAAGAUCAAACCUUACAUCCCUGACUUCAAACUAGCUUUUGAACAUUUCUGCAUUCAUGCUGGGGGAAGAGCGGUUUUGGACGAACUGGAGAAGAACUUGCAGCUGUCUGAUUGGCAUAUGGAGCCAUCCCGGAUGACACUGUACCGAUUCGGCAACACGUCGAGCAGUUCACUUUGGUACGAAUUGGCGUAUACAGAAGGGAAAGGGAGAAUGAAGAAAGGAGAUAGAACAUGGCAAAUAGCAUUUGGUUCAGGAUUCAAGUGCAAUAGUGCAGUUUGGAAAGCUGUAAGGACCAUAAAUCCAGCACAAGAAAACAACCCAUGGAUGAAUGAGAUCAACCAGUUUCCAGUGGAUGUUCCUAAGAUUGUAGCCAUUUGAAAAACUCAGUAUCAACUCUUUUUAGUUCAUCAUUCAGAUUAGUGUCCUCUGUAAUUGGUUGUGGUGUGCUGAUAUUUAAUAAUUAACACUUUCUUUUCUUCUAGGCCAGAUUAGAUUAAAGGGAGGUAUUUGGUAUUUGGUUUGUUUAGUGAAGAACAAUUGCAUCAAACCUUCAUUGCUACACACAAUUUGGAUGGAUCCUUCAUUCAUUCUUCUUUCCCUACUACUGUUCUGUCAUAUAAUGACAACUGUUGCAUAUCUGAAUCAAAAUAUCCAUUCCAUGA